UGAAUGCGACUUCAUGUUCUCUCUAGAGCCUUAAUGGCAGUUGUUUCGUUUUUCGUGUUAAAAGAAAAAAACAGCGGCAAGUCUCACAAUGUCCUCAAAACCUUUCACACCAGAAGAGGCGAGGAGAAUUGUCCAGUUUUUGCAGAAACCUGCUGUGUUUCUGAACAUGACCACAGACUGGCCAGCUUUACACUGGUCUGUAGAGCAUCUGUCAGCCUGCCUUACUGAGAGGAUACGAUUUCGGGUUGGGAAAAGAAGUGAGGAUAUGGCUCCUCUUUUUGAAACGGAGUGUUCCUACGUCGAAGCAACCAUUAAAGAGUUUCUGUCCUGGACUGCUAAUGACGGUGAACCAUUUGUUGGGCCGUUUUCGGAUUAUCACUGCAAAGAAUUCUGGGCUUAUGCUGAUUACAAAUAUAUUGCCCAGCUUUUUCAGGACAAACCUGCCAUGUUUCAGGAUGUGGUGUGGUCUGACUUUGGCUUUCCUGGUCGAGAUGGAUGUGACAGCACACUUUGGAUUGGUACACAGGGUGCCAAUACUCCAUGUCACCUCGACUCUUACGGUUGCAAUCUUGUGUUCCAGAUUCAAGGCAGAAAACGAUGGCAUCUCUUCCCUCCUGAUGACACAGCCUGUCUGUACCCAACACGUGUACCAUAUGAGGAGUCCAGCGUAUUUAGUCAUGUCAAUGUGAUCCGGCCUGACCUGAAGAAGUUCCCAGCAUUCGGAAGAGCUCGGCUUCACACUGUCACACUGCAGCCUGGUCAGGUACUGUUUGUGCCCAGACACUGGUGGCACUAUGUGGAAUCAGUGGAUCCAGUGACUGUCAGUGUGAACUCCUGGAUUGAGAUGGACAUGGAUGAUCAGGCCAGAGUAGCAGAAGCCCUCACCAGGACCAUUGUGUUUGCUGUGAAAAGUAGCCCGAGCUUAGACAACAGCGACCAAUGGCUCAAUCCAACUGAGGAUAGAGUUUCCUCUCAUGAUGAAAACAUGCAGUAUUUGAACCUGGCGGUAAAGGCCUGUACGAACAAGAAGAGAGACGAUACUGAAGAUCAGCCUAAAGCAGAGGCUGUAAAACGGGACUCCAGCGGAGUGAUUAAAAGUCCAGUGUCUCCUUUCGGCCCUCAUCUCAUUCCUGUUUGUUUAACUGAGAAACCUGAAUGCAGCAGCACAAAGGAAACAUGUUGUUUCAGCUGCACCGAUUCCCCACAGUGCCAGAUUACAACCAAAGAUCAAGACAAACUGAGAAGCGAUAAUAAACUUGGCCAAAGAUCAGGUCAGUCAGCACUUCAGGAAACGGAAAGUCCAGGAGGAAGUACUGAAAUGCACAUCUCCACCAAUGAUGUGCUGGACUGCCUGGUUCACCCUGAUGUCAUCGCUCUGGUUACAAGGCUAAUCAUGUGCCGACAAAGAGUACUUCACUCUUGAUUUAUCAUGUAAAUGGUACUUUUAGAAAUAAAAACUGAAUAAUUCUGGUGACUUUCUGUGAGAUUAGAAGUUGUAUGUUCACAUUGUGCAUGUAUUAACCCUAUAAAGCCUACUGUGUCAUCAUUUAUUAAAACCUUUUGCACAAGAUUUACUACAUGCUUUCAUUU